UGUCAGUGUUAGACUUUUGGAACCGUCUUAACUUCCCCCUUACGGCUCCCCUGGUUUCGAUAGCUGGCUUUCCUAAUGAUUUCCGAAUGAUUAAUUCAAGAAUGAGUGGUGUUAUAAAUGCAGAUAAUCUUCAAUCGUCCAUCAUUGGGCAACCGUCAUCAAAAAGAGGUACUGCGGAACUUGUCAAAACAACUUUGUUCAAAAAGGAGCCAGAUGGGGUAACGUAUAGAAUCCCUUCCCUGCUGUAUCUGCCGGAAAGGCACACGUACCUCGCCUUUGCAGAGAAGAGGACCUCUCCAUCGGACAGCGAUGCGAAAAUCCUCGUGAUAAGAAGAGGGACAAUAACAAAAGAUGGUGCCAUACAGUGGUCCCCGUGCGAGGAGCUGUCCACAGCCCAGCUCCCAGACCACCGCACCAUGAACCCCUGUCCCGUGUACGACCGCAAGACCCAGACCGUCUCCCUGUUCUUCAUCUGCGUCCGGAGCAACGUCACGGAGUGCCGCCAGAUCCUGACGGGCCGCAACCAGACGCGGCUGUGCCGUGUCACCAGCCGCGACCACGGCGCCACGUGGGGCCCCACGGCGGACCUGACGGACAGCGCCAUCGGGGACGCCGUGGGCCGCUGGGCCACGUUCGGCGUGGGGCCCGGCCACGGCGUCCAGCUGGCGGCCGGGCGCCUGGUGGUACCCGCGUACGCAUACUACGAGCGCGUCAGGUGCCUCUGCCUCUGGCCCGUCCCGCUCACGGUGAAGCCGCGGGCGCUCGCCGUCUACAGCGACGACGCCGGGCUCACGUGGCGCGCGGGCGCGCUGCUGGGCGCGGCGUCCUGCGAGUGUGAGAUGGCGGAGGUGGUGGACGGCGAGGGCGUGGCUCAGCUGUACUGCAACGCCCGUCACAGCGGGGGGGUCCGCGUGGAGGCGCUGAGCCGGGACGGCGGCGGACGCUUCGAGAAGCCCCGCAGGGCGGAGCAGCUCGUCGAACCGCGCAAAGGUUGCCAAGGCAGUGUCGUCGGCUUCCCCGCCCCCGAACCGCCGACGGGCGGAGGGUCGGAGGGGGCAGGGCGCACGCGGACCUGGCUGGCGUUCAGCCAUCCCACCCAUGGCGAGAGCAGGCUGAACCUGGGCGUGUAUUUGAACCGUGCCCCCCUGGGCCGGUCGGGCUGGGACCCCCCGAUGGUGAUCCACCGCGGGCCCAGCGGCUACUCAGACCUGGCCUACAGCCAGGAGGACCAGCGCUUCUCCUGUCUGCUGGAGUGCGGGGAGAAAAGCGAACUCGAACAGAUCGCCUUCAUGUCCUUCACGCUGGAUGAAAUCAGGCAGACCGCCGGCUAGGCCAUGAGAUUUGAAUUUGUAAAUUAAAUCUCCAUUCAAUUUGCACGCGUGCGCUGAGAGUGUGAUGAAAUUCAACUAUGUGUCUUCCUCAAACCUAAUUAGUUGGAGGAUGUUGUGAAAAAGAGAAGGCCUCAGGGCCACAGAGCAGGAGAUGAAGACCAAAGGGCUGACAUGGAAACAACUGGAUCGGAAGGCACAAGACCGAAGAGGAUGGAGGGGUUUCAUCGAUGGCCUAUGUUCCCUAGGGAACUUAAAGGCCUAACUAACUAACUAACUAUUGUGAAGAAACUACUAAACAAACAAACUAAGCAUCAAAGCAUGUUUUUAGGACAGGGAGCUGGAAUUCAGGUUAUAAUAAUAACGAAAAACAAUGCAACAUAAUUUAUAAGCAAUACUUUUUUUCUUUGACAGCUUUUGAAUACAAUACUAAAGAUACGUGUUCACUUAUUUUUAGUAUAUUAUUAUUCAAUAGCCUGUAUAGCGAUUUCUGAAUGUCAGAAUGUACUUGCUUUGAGCCUUAAGACAAUAAUUCAAACUGAGUCCACUACUAUGUAUAUCAAUUUACUUAAGUAAUUUGGCCACUUCUUUUAUUUUGUGUAUGAUUCCUGUUUGAAUUAAAAUGGUAUCGCUUGGUGCUUUUGAAUGGAAUCAUUCCUUACUCUGGAAUAGAUCCGCUUUGAAAUAUGUUCUGCACUACAUUUAGCAUUAUACAUUCACAGUACACUUACUGAAGAGGAAUUUGCUUGUAAAGAUGAUCAAUUCCAAAGCAUAUUCUGCCUUUUAAAACAACGCCAAAUUAAAGUUCUCAUGUUGUCAACCAUUCUGUA